GUGAGGCUCCAAUCCCUGGACUCUCUUGGACGGGCUGUAUGUCUUGGGUAAACAUGUGCACACACCCAGCGCAGUCUUCAAAUCGAUGAGCGUGUUGAUGACUUGCACAAACCUGAUGGUGUUGACGCGGCUGCUCCGACUAGUCUUCGUUCUGUCUUUAUCUGGCCUCCUCAAUUGCCAGCAACAGAUUCUUUCAGUUGUUGGCAACUCUCUGCCACACUCGACCAUCAUAUUAGAGCAGGCGACAGGUUUCAAGGUAGCAUAUUCAUACUUGCGAUUCACUGAUGUCGCGGUACUUUCAUACACUGUAACAUACGCUACCACACGCAAUCGUUGGUCCAAUUAUCUCAAACGUGGUUUCGUGUACCCGUGUGCCUCACGCUCUUCUCUACGCAAGUCGGAUCACCUUGAGCUUCUUAUUCAGCAUGCAUUUGCUCGUUCGCUUGCUACUCGUAAUCAGACCUUGUUAUAGCCUUCGGCAGUCCGUCACGAUACGCACGCGCCGGUGCAAGCGCAGUGUCCUUUCACUUCAGCGAGUAUCUCACUCGUCAUAUCUGGCUACGCACAUGUAGGAAUUUGUCUUAGAAGGAGUGGAGCAGGGACGCUGCAGGUUCACUUUGAGCUUUGGACGACCUCCCUUCAAUCAUUUCCGCGAAACGAGAUCACUUAGCCAAGACCCUCUGGGCGUACUUCUCCGCAACACUCGAUCCUAGGACUUGGUCUUGAUCGAGGGUCAAAGAUUG